AUGUCUGAAACGGCGGAAUUGAUCAAGUUGAUGAGAGAGCAACUUGGGUUACAAGAGUGUCAACUUGUUCAACAACAACUACAGCAUAAAGAAGACUUGGAGUUACAACAGCGACAACUUGUACAACAGCAACAGCAGCAUGAGAAAGACAUGGAAGAACUUAUGAGGCUUGUUCAGCUUAAAGCUGCCACCGCUAGAAAUGAAGAAAAUCCUUCUUCUCCACAUCAUCAUCCAAUGGAGAUUUUAGAUGUAGAUCUUGCUCCACAAGCUCAGAGUCAAACCAAACCAAAGACUGUGCCAUAUGUUCCAGAGAACAUAUUGAGAGACUCUGUUUGUGAUGCUAAAGUUUAG